AUGUCUACCCUGCGUGUUGCUUUGGUGCAGUUGUACGGCCGUCCAACGAAGAAGGAAUGCAUCGCGAAUGCGAUCGCACAGAUUCGGCUAGCGAAGGAUCGCGGAGCGCGGUUGAUCAUCCUGCCGGAGUGCUUCAACUCACCGUACAGUACGUCCGAAUUUGGACGCCAUGCCGAGGAGAUACCGCGUGGUGAAACAAGCCAAGCACUGGCCAAGGUAGCUGCCGAGCUGGGUGUAUAUCUGGUCGGUGGAACAUACCCGGAACGUGAUGGCACUAAACUGUACAACACCUGCCCGGUGUUUGGCCCGAAGGGAGAACUGUUGUGCAAGUACCGGAAGAUGCAUCUCUUCGACAUAGAUAUCCCUGGCCGGUGCACUUUCCAGGAAUCGUCCGCCCUGGCCGCAGGUGAUCGUUUCGCCACGUUUUCCAUCGGCACGCUGAAGAUUGGGCUUGGCAUUUGUUGGGACAAGCGGUUCCCCGAGUUGACGGCGUGCUAUCGCGAGCUUGGCUGCGAUAUGAUGAUCUUCCCGUCGGCGUUCGAUCCGUACACUGGACCACUGCACUGGGAUCUGCUGGGACGCGCGAGAGCCCUGGACAAUCAGAUGUUUGUGGCGCUGGUGUCGCCGGCGCGGGAUCCAACGACCGACUACGUUGCGUACGGGUAUUCUUUGCUGUGCGAUCCUUGGGGUCGGGUGCUGUGCCGGGCAAAGGAAGGUCAGGAACUGCUAGUCACGGACAUCGAUCUUAAGCUGUGCGAUGAGAUUAAACAACAGAUACCGAUCCUACGACAAAAGCGUACCGACAUUUACGAACUAAAGGCUAGGAAGUGA